AUGUCACAGUAUGACGUUCAACAAUAUAGCAAGACCUAUACACCAAAUGACAUAGAAGAUAGCAACUAUAUGUCACAGUAUGAGGUUCAACAAUAUAGCAAGACCUAUACACCAAAUGACAUAGAAGAUAGCAACUAUAUGUCACAGUAUGAGGUUCAACAAUAUAGCAAGACCUAUACACCAAAUGACAUAGAAGAUAGCAACUAUAUGUCACAGUAUGAGGUUCAACAAUAUAGCAAGACUUAUACACCAAAUGAUAUAGAAGAUAGAAACUAUAUGUCACAGUAUGAGGUUCAACAAUAUAGCAAGACCUAUACACCAAAUGACAUAGAAGAUAGCAACUAUAUGUCACAGUAUGACGUUCAACAAUAUAGCAAGACCUAUACACCAAAUGACAUAGAAGAUAGCAACUAUAUGUCACAGUAUGAGGUUCAACAAUAUAGCAAGACCUAUACACCAAAUGACAUAGAAGAUAGCAACUAUAUGUCACAGUAUGAGGUUCAACAAUAUAGCAAGACUUAUACACCAAAUGAUAUAGAAGAUAGAAACUAUAUGUCACAGUAUGAGGUUCAACAAUAUAGCAAGACCUAUACACCAAAUGACAUAGAAGAUAGCAACUAUAUGUCACAGUAUGAGGUUCAACAAUAUAGCAAGACUUAUACACCAAAUGAUAUAGAAGAUAGAAACUAUAUGUCACAGUAUGAGGUUCAACAAUAUAGCAAGACCUAUACACCAAAUGACAUAGAAGAUAGCAACUAUAUGUCACAGUAUGAGGUUCAACAAUAUAGCAAGACUUAUACACCAAAUGAUAUAGAAGAUAGAAACUAUAUGUCACAGUAUGAGGUUCAACAAUAUAGCAAGACUUAUACACCAAAUGAUAUAGAAGAUAGAAACUAUAUGUCACAGUAUGAGGUUCAACAAUAUAGCAAGACCUAUACACCAAAUGACAUAGAAGAUAGCAACUAUAUGUCACAGUAUGAGGUUCAACAAUAUAGCAAGACCUAUACACCAAAUGACAUAGAAGAUAGCAACUAUAUGUCACAGUAUGAGGUUCAACAAUAUAGCAAGACCUAUACACCAAAUGACAUAGAAGAUAGCAACUAUAUGUCACAGUAUGAGGUUUAA